GGCCUUUCUGUAAACAUUGACUAAAAAUAAUGCAAAAUUGUCUAUCCUUGUAAAAAAUUCCAUUAUUCGUAACCUUUCACGAGUAUUGAUACUGGUUAAACAAUUGUGUAUUUCUUGUGGAAUAUUAGAAGGAAUUAAAAGCGAUCGAAAGUCCCAGUAUCUUCAUACAUUCGUUGACUGCGUAGAGAUAACCUCAAUAUUUUUGACAGAUCUCAUCCCAAAACAUAACAAAUCCGUGACCAGGGUGACCAUCUGAGUCGCUGUCAUUAUUAUUACACAUCAAAAUAAACCAUCUAAAGAUGCCACUGUAGAACUCAAAUGUAUACUACUAACAAUUAAUUAUGAGCAACAAGACUGGUAAUGGAGGAGAAGUGGAUCCCGUUCAGGAGGAAUUAGCUGGUCGUGUACGGGAAGUAGGAAACCAAGCAAUUUGGAGUUUGUCUAGCUGCAAACCUGGCUUCGGCGUGGAUCAAUUACGCGACGAUGUUACAGAAACGUAUUGGCAAUCCGACGGACAACAACCACACUUAGUAAACAUACAGUUUAAGAGGAAAACAACUAUACGCGAUAUAUGUAUUUAUGCGGAUUACAAGCUGGAUGAAAGCUAUACUCCCAGCAGGAUAAGUAUAAGAGCAGGUACAAAUUUCAACGAUCUCCAGGAGGUAGAAGUUAUGGACCUGAACGAGCCAAGCGGCUGGGUCGUGAUUCCAAUAAAGGACAUAAACGACAGGCCCAUCAGGACGUUCAUGAUACAAAUAGCUGUGAUAACCAAUCAUCAGAACGGACGAGACACGCAUAUGAGGCAGAUUAAAGUUCACAGUCCGACGCAGGAUGUUCUCGGACCCCCAGCUCCUUACAUCCCAGGCCAGUUUCUUACCAAUGAAUUCCUACGCUACGCUACAGUUAGAUAAAAUUUAAUAAUACACGUACAUUAUGCUGUAUGAUAUUAUUUCAUUGUUAUCAAAUAAAAAUUGUGUAUAAAGAGGCCAUAAUUCCAUUUUGUGCAUUACACUGCGAUGAGAAAGAAAAUAUUUUUCUUUUAUACACUCUAUUAAAAACUGUAUCUAAUCCAAAUUAAGCAAUAAAGUGUCUCAGUUGUGAUUUAA